AUGGAUGGUAACGUUGAUAUAGAAUGCGAAGGAGUAGGGAAGAUGGAGAGGAAUGGAUCGGCGUUUGAUGAAAGAGGGAUGAACAGAGAACCGCUGCUUUCCAAAAACAGGAUCAAUACGUCGUCGCAGAUUGCCAUUGUUGGUUCCAAUGUUUGCCCAAUCGAAUCUCUUGAUUACGAGAUUCUUGAAAACGAUCUCUUUAAGCAGGAUUGGAGGUCAAGGAAGAAGGUGCAGAUAUUUCAAUAUGUUGUCUUAAAAUGGACACUAGCACUUCUUAUAGGAUUAGCUACGGGUCUUGUGGCCUUUUUCAACAAUCUUGGAGUGGAGAACAUUGCUGGUUUCAAGUUUCUUCUAACUAGCAAGCUUAUGCUUAAUCAUAAAUAUUAUCAGGCAUUUGCUGCAUUUGCUGGUUGUAAUCUGGUUCUUGCAAUUUGCGCUGCAGUUCUUUGUGCUUAUAUCGCCCCUGCAGCAGCGGGAUCUGGUAUACCUGAAGUUAAAGCGUAUCUCAAUGGAAUAGAUGCACAUUCUAUUCUUGCUCCAAGUACGCUCUUCGUAAAGAUAUUUGGAUCGGUUUUUGGUGUUGCUGCUGGAUUUGUUGUGGGAAAGGAAGGACCAAUGGUGCACACGGGGGCUUGCAUAGCCAGUUUAUUGGGACAGGGUGGCUCGCGCAAGUACCAUUUGACGUGGAAAUGGCUCAGAUAUUUUAAGAACGAUAGGGACCGAAGGGACCUAAUCACCUGUGGAGCUGCGGCUGGGGUUGCAGCCGCCUUUCGUGCCCCGGUUGGCGGAGUCCUCUUUGCGCUUGAAGAAGCGGCCUCAUGGUGGCGAAGUGCUCUUUUGUGGAGAACGUUUUUCACCACCGCGGUAGUAGCUGUGGUUUUGAGAUCGCUUAUAGAGUUUUGUAGAACUGGAAAGUGUGGACUAUUUGGAGAAGGGGGUCUCAUCAUGUUUGAUAUCAACAGUAGCAUACCGGACUAUAACAUGGUGGAUCUUUUGGCCGUUAUGUUACUUGGAGUCGUUGGAGGGAUCCUCGGAAGUUUAUAUAAUUAUCUCGUGGACAAGGUCUUGCGUACUUAUAGCAUCGUCAAUGAGAGAGGUCCUGUUUUUCGGGUAUUUUUGGUCGUUAUCAUUUCGCUCUUGACGUCUUGUUGUGCUUACGGUGUUCCGUGGUUUGCAAAGUGUAUCCCGUGCCCAACCGGCUUGGAGGUAGAUUGCCCGACAGCAGGCCGAUCCGGUAAUUACAAAAACUUCCAAUGUCCACCCGAUCACUAUAACGAUCUCGCUUCCCUUCUACUCAACACUAACGAUGAUGCCAUCCGCAGCCUAUUUAGUUCCCUUAAUGCAAACGAAUUCCGUAUCCCUACGCUUCUCGUUUUCUUCACUGCAAUGUACAUCCUCGGUAUCAUAACAUAUGGCAUCGCAAUUCCAUCCGGCCUCUUUAUUCCGGUCAUUCUUGCCGGAGCAUCCUAUGGCCGAUUCAUCGGAAAACUUCUUGUUUCGAUCUCGAAUCUUGAUGUCGGCCUUUUCGCUCUCCUCGGUGCAGCUUCAUUUCUUGGCGGCACGAUGAGGAUGACCGUAUCGCUCUGUGUUAUUCUUCUUGAACUCACAAACAAUCUCUUGAUGCUUCCGUUAAUGAUGCUCGUUCUCCUGAUUUCCAAAUCAGUUGCGGAUAAUUUCAACAAGGGGGUUUACGAUCAGAUCGUAAGAAUGAAAGGAUUGCCGUUUCUCGAAGCCCAUGCUGAACCAUACAUGCGACAUCUGGUCGCGGGUGAUGUCGUUUCUGGGCCAUUGAUAACGUUUUCGGGUGUUGAGAAAGUUGGUAACAUUGUUCAUUCUCUAAGGUUAACAACGCAUAACGGGUUUCCUGUUAUCGACGAGCCACCUUUCUUGGAAGCACCGGAACUUUGUGGGAUCGUUUUGAGGUCUCAUUUGAUCGUCCUGCUUAAAGGAAAGAUGUUCACGAAACAUAAAUGUUUGACUGGAACCGAAAUGUUGCAAAGGUUUCAUGCGUUUGAUUUCGCGAAAGCGGGAUUAGGGAAGGGGCCAAAGAUGGAAGAUUUGGAUAUUAAGCCAGAAGAGAUGGAUUUGUAUGUUGAUCUCCAUCCUAUUACUAACACAUCACCGUAUACCGUUGUGGAGACGAUGUCGUUGGCCAAAGCUGCUGUCGCGUUUAGGGAACUAGGACUUCGGCACUUAUGUGUCGUGCCAAAGACUCCGGGGAGGCCACCGGUUGUUGGCAUCUUGACGCGGCAUGACUUCAUGCCACAACAUAUUUUAGCACUCUACCCGGGCCUCGACCCACACAAAAAAAAUUGAGUAUGCAAUGACAACCAUUCGAGGAUUCAGGUAAAACGAUAUCAAUUGCUUGAGCAAUUAAUGAUGCGUAAAUGCUUUAGAUUCGCUAUAUGUGAUUUAACUGGACCCGAUGUAGUAGCAUUUAUUUAUUUAUAGAUUGUGAAAUGCAAUCAACGUAUAUGGGCUUUCGAUGUUUAGUAUCAAUGUUCUUAGGGUAAAAAUGUUAAUAAAUAUAGAAUGGAAAGAAUG